CCAUCGUCAUCAGCAGUGAGCACGCAGCUCGUCAACCCCCCCAAGCAUCAGCACAAUGGACGUCGAGGAGUCGCCGUGGGCCGACUCGGGCAACAGCCAGCAGGCGUUGCAGAAUGAGCGUCCGAGCCAGUCGAGCCCCGCGCCCGCCACCGCCGCGGCGCCGCGACCAUCGCGCGGACCCCGUCGCCUUGUCGCGCAGCCGACACGGCUCGAGGCAGUGGAAGACCCCCUCGGCCCCCUCAGCGGCGGCGACGACGAUGCGCAGACGCGCGAGGCCGCCCCUCCUCCGCCACAGAAGGAGCAGAUGGUGAUCCGCACGACCAUGUCGUCGCCCCAGCACCAGCGGCGCCCGGCGGAUCCGCACAACAUCGACGACGACAACGACAACGAGGGCCAGAGGGGCCCGCGACCCCCGCCUCCCGUCGACGCCGCUCGCCCCAGCAGUGUCCGGAGCAGCACCCAGCCGAGCGUGAGCAUCGAGCAGGCGUCCAAGCCAAGCUUCCACAUCACCGUCGGCGACCCGGUCAAGAUUGGCGACCUGACGAGCUCCCACAUCGUCUACUCGGUUCGGACGAAGACGACGUCUCGCGCGUACAAGCAGCCAGAGUUUGAGGUCAAGCGGCGAUACCGCGACUUCUUGUGGCUCUACACGACGCUGCACGGGAACAAUCCGGGCUACGUGGUGCCGCCGCCACCCGAGAAGCAGGCCGUCGGCCGGUUCGACAGCAACUUCGUCGAGAGUCGGCGAGCGGCUCUGGAGAAGAUGCUCAACAAGAUUGCCGCGCACCCGACGCUGCAACAUGAUGCGGAUCUGAAGCUCUUCCUCGAGAGUGAGGCGUUCAACGUUGACGUCAAGCACAAGGAGCGGAGGGACCCGCUGCCCGUCGAGAGCAAGGGCGUGCUGGGCUCCCUUGGCAUCAAUGUCGGCGGGGGAAACAAGUUUGUUGAGCAAGAUGACUGGUUCCACGAUCGGAAGGUGUACCUGGACGCACUCGAAGGCCAGUUGCGCGGCCUGCUCAAGGCCAUGGAGACCAUGGUCGGCCAGCGCAAGAUGAUGGCCGAGGCCGCUUCCGACUUCUCCGCCUCUUUGCAUGCCCUUUCCACCGUCGAGCUGUCCCCGUCGCUCUCCGGCCCGCUUGACGCCCUCUCCGACCUGCAGCUCACCAUUCGGGACGUCUACGACCGCCAGGCGCAGCAGGACGUGCUGACCUUUGGCAUCAUCAUCGAGGAGUACAUCCGCCUUAUCGGCUCCGUAAAACAGGCUUUCACUCAGCGCCAAAAGGGCUUCUAUGCCUGGCACUCGGCCGAAUCGGAACUGCAGAAGAAGAAAGCGACCCAGGAUAAGCUGCUUCGUCAGGGCAAAAGCCAGCAGGACCGGCUGAACCAGAUGAACGCCGAGGUCGGCGACGCUGAACGUAAGGUGCACCAGGCACGACUGCUCUUUGAGGAGAUGGGCCGGUCCAUGCGCUCGGAGCUGGACCGCUUCGAAAAGGAAAAGGUGGAGGACUUCAAAAGCGGUGUUGAGACGUUCCUGGAGAGCGCAGUCGAGGCGCAGAAGGAGCUCAUCGAGAAGUGGGAGACAUUCCUCAUGCAACUGGACGCCGAGGACGACGAGUCGGCGUUCUACAGGCCCCCGGUAUACCAGGCUAAGCCACCGGGCGACACGGCCAUCGACCGGGCACGGGCAAACAUGGACGAUUCGGACUAGUAGUCAGACGUAGCCGGCGAUGGCGAACCUGUUGCAAUGGGGCGUGCGUAAGCAAUCACAGGGGCGAUUGGUGGUGCUGAAUCAACGCUGUUUUGAUGAGCCGUGGGCUGUGCUGUACAUAUACACUUUCUUCAAACCUCCCGGUAUCGUACAACCGCAGUACUAGUCGUUUCUCGCCA